GGGGCGCUCCGUGCAGCCGCUUCUGCGCAUGUUGCAUGACAGGUAGCACGCAAAAAGCCUCCAUCUUGGGUUUACCCGAGCUGAGGCAAAAAGGGCAGAAGCCACACACACACACACACAUAUACGCACACACUCACACACACGCGCGCGCCGAUUCCAAAAUAACAACAAAGCGGGCGCGUCGAUAAAUAACGAGAAAUUGGCAAUUUGCCGAGAUGUAACUUUCGCAGCCAAUUGAUUGCACGAAUUGCCUCAGCGGAAGGAGCGCGGCGCAGGAUGGGAGAGAAAGACGCCGACCGGUCUGACAGCGGCUCUUUGCACUGAAAGCCUCGCCGGCUGUAGUUUCCUCAGGUGAGCGAUUUAAACGGCUCACAGCACGCCAGAAUGGUCACCAAGAAGCUGGCCGUCCUGCUCCUGGUCCUCUCUCUCUGCCUGGAGGGAGGCUCAGCCAAAGAGAAAGGAACAAAGAAGGGGAAGAAGAAAGGGAAGCAGGUGUAUUGUCCAUCCCAGCUGUCACCGGAGGAUCUGGCCCGAGUCCCUGAGAAUUCCACCAGUAACAUCUUGAACAGGUUACUGAUCACCUAUGAUCCCCGAAUAAGGCCCAACUUCAAAGGAAUUCCUGUGGAAGACAGAGUGAACAUUUUCAUCAACAGUUUUGGCUCCAUUCAAGAAACAACUAUGGACUACAGGGUGAACAUCUUCCUGCGGCAGCGGUGGAACGACCCCCGGCUGAAGCUGCCGACGGACUUCAAGUCCGACUCGCUCACCGUCGACCCCAAGAUGUUCAAGUGUCUGUGGAAACCCGACCUGUUCUUCGCCAACGAGAAGAGCGCCAACUUUCACGACGUGACGCAGGAGAACAUCCUCCUCUUCAUUUUCCGCAACGGAGACGUGCUCAUCAGUAUGAGGUUGUCGGUCACCCUUUCCUGCCCUUUGGACCUCACGUUGUUCCCGAUGGACACGCAGAGGUGUAAGAUGCAACUGGAAAGCUUCGGCUACACCACGGACGACCUGCAGUUCAUGUGGCAGACAGGAGACCCGGUGCAGAUGGACGCCAUCGCCCUGCCGCAGUUUGACAUCAGACAAGAAGACAUUGAUUAUGGGAACUGCACUAAGUUCUAUUCAGGAACAGGGUACUACACAUGUGUGGAGGUGAUCUUCACCCUAAGGCGACAGGUUGGAUUCUACAUGAUGGGUGUCUACGCCCCCACGCUGCUCAUCGUGGUCCUCUCCUGGCUCUCCUUCUGGAUCAACCCCGACGCCAGUGCUGCCAGGGUGCCUUUGGGCAUCCUCUCGGUGCUCUCCCUGUCCUCCGAGUGCACCUCCCUGGCUUCGGAGCUGCCCAAGGUGUCCUACGUCAAGGCCAUCGACGUCUGGCUCAUCGCUUGCCUUCUGUUCGGCUUCGCCUCGCUGGUGGAGUACGCCGUGGUCCAAGUGAUGCUCAACAGCCCCAAGCGCAUCGAGGCGGAGAAGGCCAAGAUAGCGGCCAAGGAGAAGGCUCUGGGAAAGGGCCCCGCUGCCAAGAACAACGCGCUCAACGGGACGGGGGGGACGCCGCUUCACGUCAGCACCUUGCAGGUGGCGGAGACCCGCUGCAAGAAGGUGUGCACCUCUAAAUCGGACCUGCGGACCAACGACUUCAGCAUCGUGGGCUCGCUGCCGCGCGACUUUGAGCUGUCAAACUUCGACUGCUACGGGAAGCCCAUCAACGAGGCCAUCGCUCACGGCAAGUCCAAGGCCAAGCACCACAAGAGGCCCCCCCCCCCGAAGCCCGUCAUCCCCUCGGCGGCCAAGAGGGUCGACCUGUACGCCCGGGCCCUCUUCCCUUUCUCCUUCCUCUUCUUCAAUGUGGUUUACUGGUCCGUGUACCUGUGAUUAUCUAGUUGUUAAAGCGACCCCACUUCACUCCCAACGAGUACCUUGUUGAUCCGACUACCUUCGAAAAUUCCAAAGUGAGUGUGUUUACAUGUUAGAGCCCUGGUUUCAGUCUCGUUAUCGAUGGCAAUCGGGACACGGCGUUUACCUGGAAUAUGAAAAAACCUGGUUCUUCGUAUCCCUGCGUGUCUUUACAGUGUCCAGGUGUCUAAUCGUCCGCCUGCAGGUAUUCUCACCAUCACAGCCUCUGUGUCCUGUAAAUAACACUCGUUGCUUCUGAAACACGGAUAUGAUGUUUACAUGACAAACGGAUAACAGGGAUAGUCCUAAAACCACAUCCUGCCCAGGAGUGUGAAAUUACAUUUUAAUAUUCCUUAACGACACAACGUAUUUGCUUAGAAGAAGAUAAAAAAAAUAAAAAAACAAUGUAUUGUUACAUUUAUAUUUACAUGAGAAUAGAAAACUAUCACGAUUUGUCUAUCAAAUAAUACUAAUACUUAAUAUUUGUAUGACUAAAAUGUAAAUACAACAUCCAUCAUUCAUUGAUAAUGGUACUUGAAAGGUUAAUACAGGAUUGCAAGAAGACUUUUGGGUAAGAGCUGAUCAGAAGAAGCACAGAUCUAUAAAAGAGCAUUUGUAAAUGUUAAAUUAAUUUCAACUUUGCAAAAUGGGAUUCUGCCCAGAAGUUUAAUCUGUUUCCACAUUUAUUUAAGCUUCAAUGCAAUUACGGUGCAUGUUAAAAAAAGAAAAAGAAAUUGCAUGUAUAUGAAGAUAAAUUCUAAAUAUCUAUAUAUAAAGUAUUUAUUUCAUUUGUAUUAUUUUUCUGCUCUUGAGAAGAUAAUCGGAUAUGUGAGAACGCUGCGUUCUUGUUCAGAUGGUUAUGUUACACUGCCACCAUUCCAGCAGAUUUAAUGUUUGACAUUGUGUGUAAAUGGGUCACUACCGAGCUGUGACCAUGUGUUUGUGAUGUUUACAAGCAAAGACAAAUAAAUGACCAAAACACUUUUCACCAUU